AUGCCUUCUACACCAACUCCAAGAGUGAUUUUUAUUCGUCAUGGCCAAACAGCAUGGUCCAAGUCUGGUCAAUACACUUCAUUUACUGACCUAUCUCUUACUGACUAUGGGGUCAAGCAGAUGAAGGCAACAGGAAAAGCAGUUGUUAAUACAAUUAUACUCCCCGAAAAUGUUACAAAGAUAAUUUGCUCUCCAAGAAAGAGGGCUAAAGAGUCGAUCGAUAUUAUUAUGGACUAUAUCUCAGAAUCUGAGAAAUCGCAUAUUGUGUUUGAAGUCAAUGAAAACAUCAGGGAAUGGGAGUAUGGUGAUUAUGAAGGAUUGUUAACAAAAGAAAUCAUCCAGUUGAGAAAAUCAAGAGGAUUAGACGAUGGUGGAAAAACUAUUUGGAAUAUUUGGGAACAUGGGUGCGAAAAUGGGGAGUCAGCAAUUGAAGUUGAGACUAGAUUGAAAAAUCUAGCUCAAGAAAUUCGAGAAAUUCAUGCGAUUGCAUUCAAGGAGAAAAAACCUUGUGAUAUUAUUGUUGUUGCUCAUGGUCAUAUUUUAAGGUCAUUCACCAAUGUCUGGUUGGGCAAACCGAUCAAUAGAAACCCUCAGUACAUUUUGAAUAGUGGAGGUAUUGGGGUUUUGAGUUACCAACACAACGAUAUUAACGAGCCAGCGUUGGAAUUGGCUGGAGCAUUUUACGUCCCAGUUGAAGAAGAGGCACAACACACAAUAAACUAG